AUGUCAAGACUGUUCAUGCUGGCAUCGGCCAGUCUCACCCUCGCAGCCCUCGAUGUCGACCUCACAUCAUCAGACUCGAUCAAAUCUGCCGCCAAAGACGUCGCCACAAAUCUCAUGUCAUAUUACAGAGGCGACCAGCCUGGCCAGGUCCCUGGCAUCCUCCCAGGUCCACCUCCAGGCGGCGACUACUACUGGUGGCAAGGAGGUGCACUGUGGGGCGCAAUGGUCGACUACUGGUACGUGACGGGCGACACGACGUGGAACGAUGCCGCGGAGCAGGGCCUUGUAUUCCAGUCCGAAUUUAGCUACAUGCCCAAGAACUGGUCCAUCUCGCUGGGGAACGACGACCAGGGCUUCUGGGGCAUGAGCGCCAUGCUCGCUGCCGAGUUGAACUUUCAGAACCCGCCGCCCGAGGAGCCCCAGUGGCUUGCGCUCGCCCAGGCGGUGUUCAAUACCCAGGCUGGAGCGGACCGGCAUGAUGAUGAGUGCGGUGGGGGGCUACGCUGGCAGAUCCCCCCGUCCAACCGGGGCUAUGACUAUAAGAACAGCAUCGCGAACGGUAUCUUUUUCAACCUCGGCGCAAGGCUUGCGAGGUACACAAACAAUGCGACAUACUUCGACUGGGCCAUCAAGACGUGGGACUGGGAGGUCGGCGUCGGGUUUAUGGACGAGAACUACAACAUAUACGACGGAGGGCAUGUGCACGCAAAUUGUACAAACAUCGACAGGGCGCAGUUCUCAUACAACGCCGCCGUCUUCCUGCAAGGCGCCGCCUUCAUGUAUGACCAUACCAACGGCUCCGAUGUCUGGCGUGGCCGCGUCCAGGGCUUGGUCAACCAGACCAUCAACUUCUUCUUCUCCGACGGCCCAGCGGUCGAGCGGUCGUGCGAGACACCCGACAGGAUACACUGCACGACCGACAUGAAGAGCUUCAAGGGCUACCUCCACCGGUGGAUGGCCAGCACCGCGCAGCUCGCCCCCUUCGUGCACGACCAGAUCAUGGACGCGCUCCGGAACAGCACCGCCGCCGCAGUCAACUCCUGCGCGGACGGGACGAACAACGGGAACGGGGUCACGACGGCGACGUGCGGGUUCCGCUGGACGACGGGGGACUAUGACGGGGACACGGGCGUCGGGCAGCAGAUGAACGUCCUGGGCGCGCUGACCAGCCUGCUCUUCGACCUGCAGCGGAACGACCUCGGCGGGCCCGUGACGAACUCGACGGGCGGUACCAGCGUGGGCGACCCGAACGCCGGCGAGGAACCUGACUAUAUGAAGCCCGCCCCACCUCCGGAGGCAGGGGAUAAGGCAGGCGCGGCUAUUGUCACGGUGCUAAUGCUGGUGGUUAUGACGAUGCCAUACGACGUGUUCUCGGAGACAGCCAGGGCUUCAACAGGAAAGGAGGCUAGAUGA